CACAUUAGCACGGUAGCAAGUCACGGUGUAGGAGGAGGAGUCGGAGGCGGGGAUUCGUGCGGUGGUCCCAAGAUCGCGUCAGUCACGGCGUGACAAGACGCGACCGUGACUUCCAUCACACAUCCUCCUCCUCUCACCGUCACCGCGAGGUUACUUGUCCCAAGUUGAUCCCGAGAGGUGCGCGCAAUCCCUCACAACGCUGGGGUGGAUCUCCAACAAAUGUGAGGCCACAACGUUGACCAGCAAUCCUUCCAGAGGCCUUUCGAGUCCGAGUCCAUCAACCCACGCGUCUUCGACAGCGGCGAGACUAGGAAGAGAUCAUGCCAGAGGUCAAUUCUCCCGCUCAACUGCUCAAUGCAUUUCUCGAGUGCAUGAGCAACGAGAUCAUUCCUCGCACGACGCGAGGUGUUGCGGAGGGCAACAAAGUCUUCGGCGCAGCAAUACUACGGAAAGAUGAUCUCUCCAUGGUCAUUGCGGAGACGAACAACGAGAAGGAGUGCCCACUAUAUCAUGGCGAGGUGCACACGAUCAAGCGUUUCUACGAGAUACCGGAUCAGCAACGCCCGUCUCCCAAGGAUUGCCUCUUCCUCACCACCCACGAACCAUGCUCACUUUGCCUCAGCGCAAUCACUUGGUCUGGCUUUGACAACUUCUACUACCUCUUCACGUAUGAAGACACUCGUGAUGCCUUCAGCAUCCCAUACGACAUCGACAUCAUCCAGGAGGUCUUCCAGACCCCCGUUGAGGGUGAACCUACAGAGUCCCGAGUUAGUCGCUCGCUGUACAAUCGCAAAAACAAGUUCUUCGAGGCAACGUCCCUAGCCAUGCUCCUGGAGAAGAUCGAAGACGAUGCAGAUAGAGCUGUCUUGGCUGCGAAGAUCGCAGAUGUCAAGCGGCAGUACGCUGCUCUGUCGGAAACAUAUCAGAGCCAGAAAGGUGCCGCGGAUGCUAUUGUCUUCAAAUAGACCGACGUGUACCCCUUAGGCGGCGAUGAGUAGUGCAGAACAGAGUGGCCCUACGACGCGGCAACUCGUGAUGAUGUAAUGUUCAGGGACCAGGGACCUUCUUACUCUGUUAAGCGAGGUCUGUUCGCUACUUGAACGCGAGCACAUGGACACGCGCCAAUGACAAUCGUCGAGAUCCUCGGCCAACGGAGCGCUCUUCUAUGAACAUCCACUUUCCCUUCGGCCUUCAUUCCCGCUGGUUCAGGAACCACAGCGGAUCGGACCCCUUCCAUGAACCCUCUUCGACCAGCAUCGUCAGGA